AUGGCCGAGUUAGAGCCCGAGUCAGCGGCUCAGGCAACCGCAGGCGGAAGCGGUGGUGGUGACGUCAGAGUCUUAGAUGAAAACAUGCUGUUUACGAUGGCUAACAUCACAAGGAUCAUGAAGAAGGUCUUACCAGAUGGCACGAGGAUCACUCAAGAUGCGAAAGAAUUGGUGCAAGUGUCCGCGACGGAGUUCAUCUUUUUCAUCAUGUCCGGCGCCCACCAAAACUUCCCUAACACCGAUGAACGCAGAAGCCUUACCGGCGACGACAUCCUCCAAGCCAUGGACCUCAUGGGAUUCCACAUGUACAGCACAUUACUCGCUAGAUACCUUUACAAGUAUAGGGAGUGGGACGAGAAUCAACGCCAGAUGGCCGUUUGGAUAGACGGCGAUAGCGAUGAUGCACAGGAGGAAGAUGCGGAGAUAACUGGCGGCGCUGCUGAUGGUGACGACAAUCCUGAUGAUAUGGAGGAGGAGCCGGAGAUAGCUGGUGAUGCUGGGAUGGGAGGAGGCCAACAGAGGAUUAUCGGUGCCGGCAACGACGGGGAUCCGAAUCGCAGGGAGACGGAGGAAAAGGAGAAGACUGACGCUGUAAUGGGAGAGAGGCAACAAAAGCAGACCGCCGGCGGUGGCGACUUCGACUUCGACGAAGACGACGUGCUUAAGUGGUUGAACUUGGACGCGUUUGAAUCUGGAAAUGGAUCUUCAGGGUGA